AAGCCACGUGAUAAAAACGCUACGAGUGCGUGAACCUCUCAAUAUCCGUCGCACGAUUUUACUAACGACGCGUCGCGUGUUCACUGUGCGUUGCAACAGUGCACUUGACUAGCGCAGUCAGGCUACGUUUAGAAGACAGCCAUCUUGCAAUCCCUAAUCAAAGAUCCACGGCUAGCGGGUAUCGCUGUCUGGUUUGCGGCCAGUUAGUAUCAACACAGUUCGUCAAAUGGCUUUAAAGCGAAUUAAUAAGGAACUUCAGGAUCUCGGUAGAGAUCCGCCGGCACAGUGUUCGGCUGGACCUGUAGGAGAUGAUUUAUUCCACUGGCAAGCAACCAUUAUGGGACCACCGGACAGCCCAUAUCAAGGAGGAGUAUUUUUCCUAACAAUACAUUUCCCAACAGAUUAUCCAUUCAAACCACCUAAGGUCGCAUUCACGACUAGAAUCUAUCAUCCUAAUAUCAACAGUAAUGGAAGUAUUUGUUUGGAUAUUCUAAGAUCGCAGUGGUCUCCCGCACUCACUAUAUCAAAGGUGUUAUUGUCAAUAUGCUCCCUGCUGUGUGAUCCAAAUCCAGACGACCCAUUGGUACCAGAGAUAGCCAGGAUAUACAAAACUGACAGGGAGAAAUAUAAUGAAUUGGCACGUGAAUGGACGCGCAAGUAUGCCAUGUGAUGCGCCAAUCUCCGUUGACUUCAACAUCCAAACACCACCAAGAAACAGCCCCAGCCUAUUGCCACUUAUGCAUCAGCACCGAUUGAAAUUAGCUAUGGCUCGUAUACUUUUAAACUUAAGCCAGUAUUCGGGCUCGAGGAACCCUCAGGCAAACGUGAUCGAUCUGAACUUUCCGCGGCUCGGGAAGCCCACGAAUAUUAAGAUGUUGCCACAAGGCAAUCGAGGCAAUUUAAAGGUGGUAACCCAGCAUUAUAUAUUGAAUCAGAAAACAAAACAUGUCCGCUUUGUUUUUCAUAAAUAAAAAAAAGGAAGUAACAUAUAAUAGGAGAGUGAAAGUAGGAUUUGUAUUUAAAUUUAAAUAGAUUCAUUUCUAAUUAUAUUGUGCUUGUAAUAAUUGUAACAUUACGAUACCUACUUUCUCAGUGGAAAUGGAAACUUUGAACUGACAGCACAUCGAUUGUUAGUUUUAACGCAAGUGAGCAAUGUUUGCCCGUCCCUUGGAACGAUGUGGUCACUCUUUUGUAAGACUGGGCUAUAUAUAUAUAAAUAUUACUGAAACUGUACGUGUAUGCUUUGUUCAAUCAUUAAAAUUCCUUACACCUAACAAAUUCUACGAGUAACUCGAAAUCUGUGCUUUUGGUUCCUGUGUGUGUGUGUAGUAAUUUAUGCAUAUCGUUAAUCGGCAGAUGACAACCAUGCGACUUUAAGUAAUCGGAAAUAUGCGCAAACGUUAGGUAAAAAUCACAAAUAAUUGACCCAUGACGUAUGUACCUGCAGUUUUGCCGAUCUUUAGAAUUUAUUAUGUAUUUUACCGGAAUAAAGCGCGCAGAUUGAUCGUGUCACAAGUAUUCGUAAUCCUUUUCGACUGUCAGUUUUCGGCUUUACGUUGAUGCGGGAAACAUAGUCGUUGGUGUCACUGUUUAUCGAGAAAUGAUAUAAGGAAGCGAUUAAGUUCCGAUUAUUUAAAUUACGAACCGUGUUAUAUAUAAAUUAGCAACAAAUAUGUCGACAACGCGAGGAGAUUGCCACUGGAUUACCAAAAUCCCGGCUACUCAUCUCACACUAUAGUGCUUGAAUACACGCUAUUAAAUUUGUAUGUCGCGUCUUGCGAAUCGGGAAUUCGCGCCACUCAUCAUUCGUCGCGACGUCAAUUUACUCGCAUCAAUACUUUUAUUACUGUUUUGCGUGCAAAUGUUUCAUUAAACGGCAAUUUUUUUUUAUUCUUUAGUUUUCGUAAUCAGGUAUUUUCCUUUCAUCCACAAUAUGAACGCAUACACUUGCGACACGCGACCGUACUGUCCACUGCUGGACGAACGAUAUAGACUUAAAUAGAAUCUGUUAUUUAAACUUUGCGAUUUCAAUAUUGUAUUUCUGAUAUAUUGUGGCUGUAAGGGUAAGGCGAUGUGAUUUCACAUUAUUUCUUAAAAAUCUAGCUAUAUACAAAAUGAACAAAAUGUGUUGUUAAAUUAUGAAAUGUCAUUCAACGCGAUAGUUCGUUUAAGAUUAUAUGAAACUACAUAAUUGCACUGUUUGAUGGUGCUAGCAGUGUGUUUUGGCUUCUAAUCAUAGAUAAAUAAAAUCUGAUACAUCAUAAAAUACGAUUACUUAAUUAGUACGUAAGUAAAAACGACUUUGUCUUGCGAAUCAUGUAAAGCGCGCGUUAAAGCAAAGCGUCUCGAUGUAAUCGGUGCUUAAAUAUGGCAAGCUGAUGGGGCGACUAAAAGAAUCUAGAGAAGACAAAUCGAUUAGUAUGUAAUGCGGCGGCCCGCUCUGUUUACGCCGACCUUGUCUCAUACGAAACGUGUAUUUGCUGUAAUUUAAUUACGAACGCGUCGAAUCUGGUAUUUAAAAGUUAUAAUCCUCGAAGAGAAAAUUGAUCAUCGUUUCACCUCUAGUAGAUGAUGACUAUUAAUGUGUAUAAUUAUUACUAUCGCAAUAAUGAACAUUUUUAAUAACUUAUCUUGUGUACAUUUUAGCAUUAGCCCUUUAUAUAAUAAAGUCCACAUGAUGAUAAGGUAA